AUGUGUAACUGUCCAGCUGGUGACAGAGUGAAGUAUGCUACAGGCACACUCAAGGAUGAGGAUGAUGAUGAUGAUAAGGAAGAGGAUGCAGAUGAUGUAUUUUCUGCGAGUAGUCAUAGUGAUGAUGAUGAUGACGAUGGUCAAGGUGGUACAGGUGUUAAAGUCACUGAAGCAUCAAAUGAAGAGAAUGUUGAUGAUUAUCUUCAUGAUGAUGUGAAUGAAGAGCCUGAAGAUGCCACAGGUGAGGGGGAGAACGUUGAUAAAAGUGAAAGAUUGAUUUUGCGUCUAGAGCCUGAAGUUGAGGAAGGGGAAAUCAGGCAUACUUACACCAUGAAUGAUAUUAUCGAGAUGACGCGUAUUGAUGAUCCUAUCUUCAAGUUUGACUUUGAAGAAGAAUUGAACGAUUUCGAUGUCAAUCAUCAUCCCGAGUAUUAG